AUGUCUUUUCCAGCGUGGGUUUCUGGUAACUCGAAUAAGCAAGGUCGGUCCAAUACUGGACUCGGUCGGGGCAGCGUACCAACAGCCAAGAAACCAAAGUCGCGUCCUCCAAGAAGCUUGAGAGAUAACAUUGGCUUUUUACAGCGCACAUUACCGAAAUAUGCUGGUCCAUACAGUGUCGGAUGCAUGGACAUCGAAGUCCCCGUCCGCGACCCGCGCCAUAUCUCAGACAUCACUCGCGGUGGCGUGCGCAUUUUAAAGCUCGACACCAUCUUGAUGACAGUCUACUACCCGUCAAUCAUCGGUACUGGCUCUGGACCAGAUCCCUCAGGACGAAAGCACUGGUCACGUGCGACCUGGCUGUCGCGGCCGCGAGUGCGUAUGGCGAAAGGGUACGGUGAUUUCGCUGGAUUGGGUACGGCUGCCGUGCCCUUCUUUACGGCGACUACCAUGUACACCAAACUUCCGGCCUUCAGAAAUCCACCGUUGGCAAAGCACUGGACACCGCAUUCUAAUGCGCGGCAUGAGGGUUGGAAGGUGAAAAACGAAGUUAGCGAGCCGCCAGAAGGAUAUCCCCAUGAACCGGUCUUUCCGUUGAUGAUGUUUAGCCAUGGGCUUGGAGGCACCAGAACGUGUUACUCAAGUGUAUGUGGCGAGUUCGCCAGCCAUGGAUUCGUUGUGUGUGCUAUCGAGCAUAGGGACGGUUCGGCGCCCAGAACCUUUGUGAAUAGGACCAAGGAAUCGCGUGACCAGGAGAAGAACGGCAAAUCUGAGCCCAACGGCAUGGCGCAUCGUGCGGGCACAGGUGUAAAUCGAGCGGAGCUUAAGAAGGAGAAAGUAGGAUACGACAUGAUAGACUAUAUCUGGCCUAAAGGCAACCCGUACGAUACAAGUCCAUCGAACGACCAAGGCGUGGACACGCAAUUGCGACAGGACCAGAUCAAAUUCCGCAUGGCUGAGAUCGAGGAGGCCUACUGGGUAUUGAGCGAACUAGAGAAAGGCGACGGCGAAAUGAUUGCACAAAGAAAUCUUCGGCGGAAAGGAAACGUGGGAUCAAGCUCCCGUGGUUUAGAGGGUAUCAACUGGAAUGAAUGGAAAGGGCGUUUCGAUAUCAAGGAUGUCACCAUGGUGGGUCAUUCCUUCGGUGCUGCCACCACAAUCGAAAUUCUGCGCAACAGAACCAAGAUGAACUGGGUUUCACAAGGCAUUAUCUUGGAUAUUUGGGGCGCGCCACUAGGGCCAUCCGCGGAAGACCCGGAACAUCGGAUCAAUGCUCCUUUAUUAGGGGUCAACAGUGAGGCAUUUAUGUACUGGCAGCAGAACUUCGAUACUGUUCAGAAGUUAUGCCAAGAAGCCAAAGACCAGGAUGCACCGACGUGGCUCUUGACUGUCCGUGGAACAGUCCAUAUCUCACAGUCUGACUUUGCCAUCUUGUUUCCACACAUCCUUGCCGUGCUUCUCAAGAUGACAGUCAAUCCCCGGCGGGCUCUCGACUUGAACAUCAACGCCAGCCUCGAAUUCUUGUGUCAGGUAAUGCCACGCCGCCACGUUGAAGUCGUUAGUCGUGCCUUUGAAGACGAGAAAGUGCUGGCCAUCGAACCGAUUGAUAAAUUACCAGAAGAGCGCAAACCAAAAGACGAGAGGUAUUUAGCUGCACGGCUUGAGGCCAAGCCACGUGAGAUUCGCGCGAGGCUUCUACCGAAGUUUGAAAGGAAGAAGAAAAGGAUUCAAAAGGAGUUUGGAACGUCUGAUUACAGUGAGAUCUGGAUGCAUAAUUCUUCCAGCCAGGGGUGUUUGCAGAUAUAUAAAGAGAAACAGGGAAAGGGAUGGUGUGACGGUCCUUGA